UCAAAAUUCUAAAAAUUUCGUGUCUUCACUCACUCAGUGUUUAGACAGCAACCUUACUGUAUCGUUCAGUAUUCUAAAUCUUCAAAAUGAAUUUCAUUACCGUUUGUGUAAUUGUGUGCGCAAUUGCGCUGAAUUUUUCUUUUGAUUUUGUAAAUCCGCAAACACGUCCAGAAAAUAAUGUCGCAAAUAGUUUUCUAAAUCGGGAUUCUGACAAUGAACGCUAUAAGAGCUUCUCUCCUGUCAAUGCUGAAAACUAUUACAUCAAACAUGCCCGUACUCCAUGUGCUGACAUUGAUCGAGACGAUCAAAACUUUUCUGUUGCUAAUUUUGAAAGCGACCUGAAUCAGCAAUACAAUGAAUCAGUCGCAAGAAUUAUAGUACCGUGGUUGAAUUGCAGUUUGAACAUCCAAGGAUUUGAUGUCCCAGCAGUAGAUCUAUUUUCAAAUGACAGACAUCGUAAAGUACAACCUGCAAGCAGAAAACGUAAAUGCCUUUUGGAUUGCACGUUACGUAGAAUGGGUGUGAUGACUGACGCUGGCCUUGACGAGACAGAAUAUAUGGUGCAGAUCAAGCAACUUCGGUUCAAUUACACAUCAUUCGAUAUAAACGAAAAAUCGAAUGAAACGAAACAGAAGAUAUUGGACACGAUCUUAAAACAAACCCUUAGUCGUGCCAAACUGGAUAAUUGCCACUCAAACAAUUCACAGCGUUUCGCCGAUAAUCCAAGUCUGUAUCGUAGCAUUUGCUACGACCUCAUAGAGUCAUAUGCACUAGCUGCUCGUAACUGCGAUCGGUAUGUAACGAUUCUACUGAAUUAAUGGAGUGAAAUGACAACAAAAAAACUUUUUCCAGAUGUGAAACAUCAUGGAUGAUUCUGAAGUGUAUGAACGAAGACCAUUGGAAGAGGUCUUUUAUCGGACCAUUUUAUCCAGUUCCGUUUACUAAAGAAACGUAUAAGGUGAUCAGAGGUGCCGCUCACGUCUCUCGAUGACCACCGAACAUUAGCUAAUUUUAUCCACGCGGAUGAGUCUGAUGUAAAUUGACACAAAAGUUUUGAUUUGAAAUAACUUUGAAUUCGUUCUGAAUAAAUAUUCUAUUUGUUGAUGUUACAAU